AUGGAGACGUAUGUACCCAUUGAUCUGACAACAGGAAAUCAAGACAUGAAGAAAGAUAAAAGCAACACAAAGCAAAGACUUUUAAAAUAUGAAGAGCAAAAAGGCGAAGAUGUCACAACAUCAGAGAAUCAACAAGCUAAAAUAGCAGAAAAGGAAACACUGAAAUAUAAAACAUUUAGAGCAUUGUCUAUACCCUUGAAGUCAGAAAAAACAGAAGAUUACCUUCAAGAAAGCAGAACUCAACAAGAUGAACUUCCUCCAGAACCAGUUCCCCAUAAGAAAAAAGAGAAACCAAAGGAAAAAAAGGAUCAAACUUACGCUUGUCCAAAAGUUAGGAAAAAAAGCCUUAUGUCAUUUGAUAGAACAGAACCAAAGGAUGGUGAUGUGAUAAGACAUAUUAUUAGGCUAAGAGAAAAGUUGGGUUGGCAAACGAUAUUACCACAGAACAAUUGGGAAUACGGAAGUCCCCAAACUGCAGUUAAGAAGAUUAUUCUAAAGGAACCUGUGGAAGAUGAUGGAGAAUUUGUAUAUUGCCUUCCUCAGAAAAAUCCUGAAGUCCUUUAUAAUCCAUAUGAUCUUCAGGUGGUCUCUGCCCACAGAGCACGACACUGCAAAGAGUUUUGGAUUAUUACUGCUUCAUUUGUCUCAAAGGUUAUUAACAUAGAUGGUGAAGAAGAAAUAGAACUUGUACCUACUUUGGAAUGGCUAUUAGAAAGAAGAUAUUACUAUUUAUUACAGCAAUUCAAGAUAUUUUCUAAUUUUCGAAUUAAUAAAUCAUUUGUUACUUGGAAAUUGAAUGUUAAAAGAAUCAAGACAGAGAAGAGCAGGUCAUUUUUGUACCGCCAUCUUUUUUGGGCUGAUGAAUUAUUUCAAGCCUGUUUGCUUUAUAUAAAGGGACUUUGUGAAGAUGCAGUUAACCUCAAAAAAGGUGAUGACCACGAAGAUAAUCCAUCUGCCAUAUGCCUUGUAAAGCUGGAUAGGUCUCGAACAUAUUCUCUAGAUGAAUUUUGUGAAGAACAGUUACAGCAAGCUACGCAGGCCUUGAAACAACUUGAGAAUAUCAGGGAUAAAGCUAUUUCAGAAGUGCAAAGUACAAUUUUAAAGGUGGCAGAAAAGAAAGACGUUAAAGAAUAUUUUGAGUCAAACCUCUCUGAAGAUGACACACUACAUUUCAAGCUGCCUAUAUAUCGAUGUUUACUAGAAACAAUUUUGAGAUUUCUGAUGCUGGUUGACUACAUAUUUCAGGAACUCAUCCGUCAACUAAUGAACACUGCAGUCACACUACUUCUGGAAUUAUUUAAUAGUUCUGCUAGAAUGCCGUUUUCAGUGGAAAAAAAGAAUGAAAACCUCAUCAAAAUACACAAGGACAUAUUUGCCUUCACUGGAAAGAUAACAAAUGAUUGUGACAAACUUGUUAAUGAUUCAAACUUAACUGCUACUGCUGUUCGAAAGUCAGAAGUAAAGACGGAAGCUGAUAUUAAUGAGAUUUUGAAUGGUAUUAAAGUGGAUAAGGAUUUGAGAAAAAUAUAUGCACCAAUAUUUGAAGUAAAUCUACACUUGAGAAUUCCCGCUGAGAGUGAUUCUUCAGAAAAUUCUAAAGAGAACUUUCAUGAGUCUGACAAGUUCUCUGAAAAAUCUGUGAUGUGUGAAGAAGAAGAGGAAAUGUCAGAAAAUGAAGUCAACCCUGUCAUAAAACACUCAAGUGAAGAACUGCUCCCAGUAAGGAAGAAACAAAAAACAUUUAGUUACAACCUUGAAGAGAUUCUUUCAGAUGUAGAACUCACGACUGAGUUUGAGAAUAAAUACAUGUAUGAUGAAUUUUUAGAAUUCCCUACAAAUCUCUUUAUAACUCCCAACAGAUUGGAAUUUUCAAUAAAAAUUCAAAAAAUGGUGACUGAUAUUGAAACAUGUAUAACUAAAAUUACUCCUCUUUGCCAAGAUCCCCGACUGACUAUAUUUACUGAUUUGAUUUUAAUUAUGAAUUUACCUAAUAAGAUGGAAAAUGUAAGAGACUAUAAGAAGCAAACCAGAUGGCCAGAUUGUCAGACCCUCUUUGAAAUGGAUCCUGUCUACCAAAAUAAAAUUGUGAGUCUCCUGACUAUUAUUGGUAAUUCAAUGGGCCUAGUUAAUGUUUAUACCUCGAACUUUACAAAAUAUUUUACCAUGGUAGAGAAGGCCAAAAUCAUGAGUAUGAAAAUAUCGUCUAUGGAAGAAUUAACUUCAACACAGUUUAAAACUAUGCUAACUAAAUUCAGAAACUAUCUUAGACAUAUUGUUAAUAUGGUCAUUGAGAAGCGCAUUGGUAUUUUCAAUGUUCUAAGUCUUGAUUACCAGUCAGAAUGCUUACCCUAUGUUGAGAAUAUCAUACAUAUGAGCCACAGCCUCUUGCAAUCUGUAAUUGAGAAAAAGAAUGCAAAUCUAUUGGAAGUUGUAGAAUCAUCAUUGCAAAAGCUGGAAUGUGACCCCACCGAAAUAGAAGAAUUUGUAGAAUAUUUUAAUUUUUUGGAUGCGAUUUCCUCAGACAUAUGUAAAUUAGAAAAAGAGUACACCACGAUUGCUCAGCUGUAUUCUGUUGUGAGGUAUUACCAGAUCUAUAUUUCAGAAGAGCAAGUUGCCAUAUAUAAAAUCCUUCUUAUGAAGUUUGGUCAACUAAAAACUUCUAUGAAGUUGAGUAAAACAAACCGAGACGCUGCCAUUACUAAAUUCAGAGACAAUCUGGAGGCGUGCAUCAUGGGUCUGCGGGGGGACCUUGCGGAUUUAAAAGCCAAAAUAAGAACUCCUGUUCUGUUAUGUGCUGGUACACAAGUGUCAACAGCAAUGGAAAUGAUCCACACUCUCUCAGAGGAAGCCACAAGUUUAGCUAACAAAGCUAGAACAUAUUCAAACUACCAGGAUUCUUUCCAUGAUGCCCAAUCUCAAAUGUGUUCUCUUAAUAUGGAAGAGAUUACACAGAUUGUGCUUUCUGACGUCUCUGACAUUGAAUAUGACUUAACCUUGAGGAAACUAUUAUGGGAUGCACAAGAGGAAUGGGGAACACUCUUUUGGGAAUGGAGGAGUAGUACUCUUCAUAGGAUUGACAUAGAAUCAGUACAGAGAAGUGUUUCAAAAUGGAUGCACAUAAUCUUUAUACUAGAAAAAGGUUUACCUAGAAACGACAUGGUAACACGUCUUAAGGAAUCAGUGAAAGAUUUUAAACAAGAGCUACCUAUCAUCACAGCUCUAGGAAACCCCUGUCUCAAGCCAAGGCAUUGGGAAGCUCUCCAGGAGAUGAUUGGAAAGUCAAUUUCUCUUGAUAAAAACUGUACAGUAGAGGAUCUUCUGGCGCUCAAGAUGUUUCAGUAUGAAGAUAAAAUAAACGAAAUAUCAACCUCAGCAACUAAUGAAGCUGCUCUUGAAAAAAUGCUAUUUAAGAUUAUUGAUCUUUGGAACACUACUCCUUUACAUUUAGUUCUUCAUCAAACAGAGGGCAACUCGAUCCUAAUAAUUUCAUCUGUAGAUGACGUAUUAGCUCAGUUAGAAGAGUCUCAAAUCAUAUUUGCAACAAUUAAAGGAUCUUCCUAUCUUGGGCCCAUUAAGGAUCUUGUGGAUACAUGGGAUAAAAACUUGACUCUCUUCUCUUACACUCUUGAGGAAUGGAUGAACUGUCAAAGAAAUUGGCUUUAUCUUGAACCAAUUUUUCACUCUUUAGAAAUACAAAGGCAGCUACCAGAAGAAGCAAAACUCUUCUCUCAAGUGAUUUCCACGUGGAAAGAAAUAAUGUUAAAAGUACAAAACAAACUGGAUGUUUUGCGAAUAACCACCUCUGCAGGAGUCCUUGAAAUUCUGCAAAAUUGCAAUAAAUAUAUUGACUAUAUAAAGAAAAGUCUUGAGGACUACCUUGAAAUUAAAAGAAUGAUUUUUCCAAGAUUUUACUUUCUUAGCAAUGCUGAACUUCUUGAUAUGCUAGCUAAUAGCAGAAAUACUGGGUCUGUACAGCCUCAUCUUAUGAAAUGUUUUGAAAAUAUAAAACAAUUAUUGAUAUGGAAACAAGAAAUUGGCCCUCCCGCUGUGAUAAUGCUCAUAUCUGCUGAAGGAGAAGCUCUUGUGCUGCCAAAGAAAAUUCGUGUAAGAAGUGCUGUAGAACACUGGCUGGUAAAUGUAGAGAAAAGCAUGUUUGAUGUGCUAAAAAAGUUUGUAAGUCAAGGGGUUGAAGACUGGAACUACCAAACUUUUUCCGUGUGGGUGAUAUCUCAUCCAGGACAAGUGGUACUCAUUGUGAGCCAGAUCAUGUUUGAUACUGACUGUAUCACAAGUUUUAUGAGUUCUCAUUCAAGAAAAGAGUUGGAGAAAGUCCAUGCUGGUCUGAUCUGUCGUCUAGAAGAGAUUGCAGAACUGGUAGUGCUGGAUACUAGUAACUCCCGGACAAGAGCUGCACUUGGGGCCUUGCUUACCCUUUAUGCUCACUGCAGAGACAGAGUGAGAGAUUUAUUACUUAAAAAUAUCUUUAGUGCAGAGGAUUUUGAGUGGACAAGGCAUUUGCAAUAUAAAUGGGAUGAAAAACAAAAGUUGUGCUAUGUAUCUCAAGGAGAUGCCAGCUUUACCUAUGGCUACGAGUACUUGGGCUGUACUCCAAGAUUGGCUGUUACACCUCUCACUGACAGAUGCUGGCUGACUCUCACUGGAGCACUGAAGCUGAAUCUAGGAGGCUGCCCUACUGGUCCAACUGGUACGGGAAAAACGGAGAGUGUCAAAGACCUAGCAAAAUCCUUAGGCAAACAUUGUGUGGUCUUCAAAUGUUUUCACGACUUGGAUUGUAAGAUAAUGGGAAAAUUCUUCUUUGGAAUAGUUCAGUCGGGAGCGUGGUGUUGUUUCGCAGACUUCAGUCGGCCUGAGGCGGGAGUUCUCUCCGUGGUGGCCUCGCAGAUCCUGGCGAUUAAGGCCGCGAAGGACAGCUAUUCCGUCAGGUUUGUACUGGAAGGAAAAGAAGUUCGUAUUAAUAUGUCCUGUGCAAUAUUUGCCACCAUGAAUCCUGGAUACAAGGAUCGAGUAGAACUCCCAGAUAACUUAAAAUCUCUAUUUCGACCAGUGGCAAUGAUGGCUCCCCAUUAUCAGAUGAUUGCUGAAAUAAUGCUGUUUUCGGUUGGUUUCAAAUCUGCAAAAGCACUCUCUGGAAAGCUAGUUAGCCUUUUAGAAUUAGCUAGCAAACAGCUCUCACAACAGGAUCAUUAUGAUUUUGGCCUGAGGUCUAUGAAGACAAUUUUAAUAAUGGCUGGAAAGAAGAGACUGGAGUUUAAAUGUAACACCAGUGACAAUCUUUCUGAAACAGAUGAAACUCUGAUCAUUAUUGAAACUGUGAGAGAAGCUAGUUUAUCAAAAUUUCUUCCUGAAGAUGUGCCACUUUUUGAAAAGAUUAUAGGAGAUGUUUUUCCUGGAGCAACAGUUUCAAAAGUAAAUCAAAUUGCAUUGGAGAAAGCAAUAUUUAUUGCAACAGGACAAUUGGGCUUACAACAAUGGCCAACCCAGAAAGAGAAAAUCAUACAGUUUUACAAUCAACUUCAGACUCGUGUUGGUGUGAUGUUAGUGGGCCCAACAGGUGGAGGAAAGACGACAGUUAGAAGAAUUUUAGAAAGAACAUUAGUACUAUUACCUGUUGAAGAUGUUGUAUCAAUUGAACAAAGGGAAUCUAUUUCACAGAUUCCAGGAAGAAAAGGAAAAGUAGAUAUUUGUGUUUUAAAUCCAAAGUGCAUCACUCCUAGUGAACUAUAUGGACAACUGGAUCCUAAUACUAUGGAAUGGACUGAUGGAUUAUUAUCAGCAACAAUUCGAAAUUAUGUAUGCUUUGACACUGCAAGGUACUCAAAGAAAGAUAGUGUUGUUGGACUAAAGUCAAGAAUCUCAGGUUUAUCUAAUGUUUUCAAAUUUGACUCCUCUGAUACAGCCGAUAUUGAUGAUAAUUUUGAGGAGAUGGAAAAAGAUAUUAAAAAUCCAGAAAUUCAGAACUUUGAUUGGCAGUGGAUUAUUUUGGAUGGUCCAGUGGAUACAUUUUGGGUAGAAAAUCUAAACUCUAUGCUAGAUGACACUAGAACGUUGUGCCUAGCAAACAGUGAGAGAAUACCUUUAACUGAUAACAUAAGAGUGAUUUUUGAAGUUGACAGUCUCUCUCAGGCCAGUCCUGCUACUGUCAGCCGAUGUGCAAUGGUCUAUAUGGAUCCUGUUGAUCUGGGAUGGGAACCUUAUGUUAAGUCGUGGCUUUUGAAAACUUCAAAAAUUAUUGGUCAAUCAGGAGUGGAUUGUCUUGAAUUCAUGAUUAAAAAUAGUGUCACAAAUGGACUACAGUUUAUAAAGAAGCAUCAGAAAUUUCAGCCAUUUCCUGUACAGGACAUAACAAUCAUCGUAACUCUCUGUAGAAUUCUUGAUGCUUUCUUUGAAUUCAUGGAUAAAAAGAUAGACCUUGAACAAUGUGAAGAUUUGAAAGAUAUAUCAGUUGAGGAGACAAAUUCUCCACAGUCAAAAGUUUCUGUCAAAUUCAAGAAUGUGGAAAAGAGGGCUGAAAAUACAUGGUAUCUGGAGAAAAAUCCUGAUAAAUUAAAAAUAAUGAUUCAGAAGCUUUUCAUAUUUGCAUUUACGUGGGCAUUUGGAGGAGGUUUAAAACGCGAAGAUGAACAUGAAGAUGACAUACUGUUGUAUUCAGGUCUUGAGCCUGAUUCUCCUGCAAGAGUAACCUAUGAUUUUGACAACCUUGUUCAUGAAUUAUUUGAAAGCAACUCACAAGUAGGCAUCGCCCUACCAACUGGCGAGCGCUCUAUCUUUGGGUAUUUUGUGGAUGUACAGCAAUGUGAAUUCAUGCCGUGGUCAGAAUUACUUCCUGGCAUUCAAACACUAAUUCAAAGAGGAACUUCAAUACUGGCUGAUCCUCAAGGAUCAGGUGAAAACCUCUUGAAGAUAACAGAAUAUGGAGAGAACAUUAAUCCUACUGCUACCAGAGACACAAUGUCCCUUUCGUUUCUCAUCAGCCUCCUUUUAAAGAGUUCCUGCCCUGUACUUCUCACAGGAGACUCUGGUGUUGGGAAAACCACUGCCAUGAAUCAAAUACUUGAGAAGUUAGAGGGCGCAGGAGCAUUUAAUGUGAAACAUGGGUCGAUUUUAGGAGAAGUCCUAUUAUAUCAUGAAAUUAAAAAAUCAAGGUUCCUGAAGCAAAAUAUCAGCAUCUUGCUUUCUGAAACUCAUAAGACAGCAACUGGAAGUCAAGAUAAGACUACUAAAAAGCCAGAAGUUAGAACUGAAGAAAGUUCUUUUAAAAAUGGUUAUAAAGGAGUUACAGUCUCUACAAUAAAUUUUAGUGUCAGUAUGACAGCUGCCAAAGCCAAGGAGAUGAUCCUUAAAAAGUUAGUAAGGAGAAGUAAAGACACUCUUGGAGCACCAAAAAACAACAAGAUUGUAAUAUUCAUUGAUGAUCUGAAUAUGCCAGAAUCAGAUAUGUAUGGAGCACAGCCACCCCUGGAAUUAAUCAGACAAUUAUUAGAUUUGGGAGGAGUUUAUGAUCCUCAAAAAAUUGCAUGGAAGAAUAUUCAAGAUCUCUCUCUAGUUGCAGCUUGUGUUCCUCCAGUUGGUGGGAGGAAUAUUAGCCCACGUCUCCUCAAACAUUUUUCCAUUCUGGUAUUGCCUCAUCCUCCACAAAGUGCCUUACGUACUAUUUUCCAGGCUCAUUUGGGAAUGUAUUUCUCCAUUAAUAACUUCACAUCUGAUGUUCAGAAAAGUAAGGAUCAAAUAAUAUCUUGCUCUCUCGCUAUAUACUAUCAAGUAUGUCAGAGCAUGUUACCAACUCCAACGAAAUGUCACUAUAUGUUUAAUCUUCGAGAUGUCUUUAAGCUUCUCCUCGGAUUGCUGCAAGCUGACAAGGCUGUUAUUAACUCCAAAGAGAUGGCUGCUCUCUUCUUUGUUCAUGAAGCCACCCGAGUGUUUCAUGAUCGCUUAAUUGAACAGACUGAAAAAGGGCUUUUCUAUCAGUUUCUUUCAAAGGAAAUUGAGAAUUAUUUUCAGAUUCAAUGGACCAAAGAAAAACUGAUGAAUGAUGCAACUGUAUUUGUGGAUUUCUUGGAUAUAAACAAAUCUCAUAGAAAAAAGACCUAUCAGAAUACUGAUGACUAUAGUAAACUUGCCAGUGUACUUAAUGAAUUCCAAAUGAAGUUGAAUUCAACAUCUUUGGAGAUUUCUCAUUCCAUGGUGUUCUUUAAGGAAGCCAUAGAACACAUCACAAGAGCUACAAGGGUCCUUCGACAACCAGGGAGUCACAUGUUACUGAUUGGAACAGAUGGAUGUGGAAAAGAAACUUGUACAACCUUGGCCUGUUACUUGACAGAAAACAGACUAUACCGAGUGCCUACGUCUCACAAUUAUGCCUACACAGAAUUCAAAGAAGACUUUAAAAAGGUGUUUAUUCAAGCAGGAUUAGAAGGGAUCCCCACUGUUUUGAUAGUUACGAAUUUAAACCCAGAUCAGGAGUCGUUUUUAGAAGAUUUGAACGGCAUCCUCAAUUUGGGAAAAAUGCCUGACUUGUUUGAAAAUGAGGAACUGGAUUCUAUUGCACUAAGGAUUAGAUCUCUGGCUGAACAGUCUGGUUAUAUUGAUAAUAGGCAAUCUUUACUUUCAUUCUUCCAAAAGAGAAUAUAUAAAAAUCUUCAUAUUUUUAUGACCAUGAGUCCUGCAGGACCUAAUCUCCGCCAAAAUUGUAGAGUAUAUCCUUCUAUGAUUAGUGCCUGCACAAUCGACUGGUAUGAGAAUUGGCCAGAAGAAGCUCUCUUUAUUGUAGCCAACUCUUUCUUAAAAGAAAAGGUGGAUUUAGAAAACAGAGAGAACUUAAAAGAAAAACUUGCCCCAACAUGUGUGCAAAUCCACAAAAGUGUAAAAGACUUGAGCAUAAAAUACUUUGGAAACACCAGAAGGCAUUUUUAUAUCACUCCCAGUAGCUUCUUGCGAUUCAUGGAUACAUUUGCUCACAUUUUAAGGUCACGAGAGAAGGAAAUGCAAACACAGAGGAAUCGUUUUUCUAUGGGUCUAUCCAAGAUCCUGGAAGCAACUACUCUAGUUACAGAUAUGCAGGAGGAGCUCUUGAUUCUUGGCCCUCAAAUAGAACAAAUAACAAAGGAAAAAGAAAUCCUAGUAGAAAAACUACAGAAAGUUUCACAAGUGGUUGAGAAAGUUCAGGUGCUUGUUAAACAGGAUGAAGAAAUUAUGGCAGAAGAAGUAAGAAUUGUGGAAGAUUAUGCUCAGAAAACUGCCAAUGAACUAAAAAGUGUACUGCCAGCUUUAGAGAAGGCAAUCAUGGCUCUGAAUGCCCUGGAUAAAGCUGAUGUCUCUGAGUUAAGAGUAUAUGCACGGCCUCCCUUCCUUGUACUGACUGUCAUGAAUGCAGUUUGUAUUAUUCUGCAAAAGAAACCUAACUGGGCUACAGCAAAGUUACUUCUUUCAGAAACUGGUUUCCUAAAAAAAUUGAUUAACCUUGACAAGGACAGCAUACCUGAGAAGGUUUUCAUGAAGCUGAAAAAAAUUUUAAUCUUACCUGAUUUCAACCCAAACAAGAUUGCUCUAGUUUCUGUUGCUUGUUGCUCUAUGUGCCAGUGGAUUAUAGCUUUGAAUAACUACCAUGAAGUACAGAAGGUGGUGGGCCCUAAACAAAUCCGAGUAACUGAAGCUCAAAACAUCCUAAAAAUCGCACGACAAAGGUUGGCCGAGAAACAAAGAGGUUUACAGCUGAUUGAAGAACAUCUGCUGUAUUUGCAGGCAGCCUACAAAGAUAUUGUUGCUGAAAAAGAACUAUUAGCAAAUCGAAGAAAGCUGGCCACCAGGCGCUUGCAGUGUGCAUCUAUUUUACUCACUGCCCUGGAAGAUGAGAAGACUCGAUGGCAAGAAGCAAUCAAUCAAAUAGACAGCAAGUUGGAAGGAAUUUGGGGUGACAUACUUAUUUCAGCAGCAUGCAUUGCCUACAGUGGAGUGUUCACAGCAGAAUUUCGCCAGUUGAUUGUGAAUAAAUGGGAGAAUCUUUGCACUGAAAACAAUAUUUCUUUGUCUUCUAACUUUUCUUUAAUUGAAGUCAUGGCACAAAAACAUGAGAUCUGCCAAUGGCGUUCUCAGGGGCUGCCUCCCGAUCAGUACUCAACAGAGAAUGCCAUCUUGAUCAAGAACAGCCUGCAGUGGCCACUGCUGAUUGACCCACAUAAGCAAACGCACCACUGGAUCCGUCAGAUGGAAGGAUCUAGGCUGCAGGAGCUCUCCACUGAGGAUAGCAAUUACAUCAAAAAAAUUGAAAAUGCUAUGAAAACAGGAGGGAGUGUUCUCUUGCAGAAUCUCCCUGAAACAUUAGCUCCAAGUUUAAAGGCAAUUUUGAAGAAGGACAUCUAUCAGAAAAGAGGACAAUAUUUCAUCAGGGUUGAUGAUUCUGAGAUUGAGUACAAUUCCAAAUUUAGGUUAUACGUAUCUACAGAAAUAGACAACCCUCAUUUUCUUCCAUCAGUUUAUAACUUUGUUACUAUGAUCAACUUCAUGGUAACUUUCCAAAGUUUGCAAGAUCAACUCUUAUCUACUGUAUUAACUCAUGAAAUUCCUCAUUUAGAAAAUCAACGUUUCCAAUUAUUGGAGAGUAUUUCCCUUGAUGCUAUGACUCUUGGAGAACUGGAGGAAAAAACAUUAAAUUUACUGCAGAACGCACAAGAAUGUGUAUUAGAUGAUGAGGAAAUUGUGGACAUCUUAAGAAGAUCCAAAAUGACUUCAAAUGAAAUUUCAAAACGCAUCAAAGCAAGAGAAGCAACAGAAAGUGAAAUUCAAGCAACACGUACAAACUAUCUUCCCAUUGCUACUCGAGGUGCGCUUCUCUACUUUCUAGUGGCCAGUCUUACAGAAAUCAAUUACACGUACCAGUUCUCCCUAGACUGGUUUCGUCAAGUUUUUGUUUCAUCGGUAGUUUCCAAAAGCAAAGCACAAGAAGAACACAGUUUAAAAAGGGAAAAAAUGUCUCUCAAAAACGUUCAUGAAAUUAUAAAUCCCUCAGAAGAAUCCGAGUUAGACAGUGAGAAAAGUCCCUUAGAGAGGCAUCUUAAAAAUUCAAUAGAUGUGUUGACCAGAAAUAUUUUUAAGGUGGUCUCUUCAGCCCUACUUAAUCAACAUAAACUUUGCUUCUCCUUUUGGCUUUGUACUACAAUCAUGCAAAAUAAUGCUAAUGGAAAUCUGAUGCAGGAUGACAUUGGGUCCCUACCAGAUGAAGAAUGGAACAUCUUCUUAUAUUCUGGCAUGCUGAUAAAUACUAAGGGUGUAGUGCCUCAGCCUAGACUUAAUAACAUAUAUGAAAUCUAUAGAAAUCGACAUCUUCAGUGGUUGUCAGAUUCCAGGUGGAAAGAGUGCCAAUAUGUCAGCAGUGAACUAGAACCAUUUUCUCUUCUAUGCAAAUCCCUUUUAUCAAAUGUAUCACAAUGGAAUGCUUUUAAUAAUAGUGAGGAUGUAUAUUUUCUAAUGAGCCUAGCUUUCUCUUCAGAAAAUGCUUCAUUGGAAGAAGGUAAGACAUCACCAGAGGAAACUGAACUUUUGAAUGAAAAUGAAGAAAUUAGCAGUCCUAUAAAUUUUCCCUGGGAGAAACUCACUCCAUUUCAAAGACUUAUUUUGAUAAAAAUUCUCAGGCCAGAAUGUUUAAAGAAUUCAGUGAGAAAGUUUACAGCUGAAAAAAUGGGAAGUGAAUAUAUUUGCAGAACCGGAGUUAAUUUGAGAGAAUUGUAUAAAGAAUCCUGUGCCAGAACUCCACUGAUGCUUGUGCACUCCAAUGGGAUUGACCUCACAAAUACCCUCCUGAAAUUUGCACAGGAGCUAAAAGGAACAACACGUCAUGUGGCCAUGAUUUCUUUGGGUCAUGGCCAGGCGGCUAAAGCAGAGGACCUCAUUGUUAAGGCCCUAACCAAAACAGAACGAUGGGUCUUCCUCCAGAACUGCCAUCUGGCAGCAUCGUUUAUGCCAAGGCUCUGCACUAUUGUAGAAUCAUUUAGUAGUCCAGAUGUGAAAAUAGACCCUGAGUUUAGGCUCUGGUUAAGCUCAAAAUCAGACAGUUCUUUCCCAGUUCCUAUUGUUCAAAAGAGUUUCAAGAUUUCCAUGGAAAAUCCCCAGGGAUUGAAGAGUAACUUACUCCAGACAUUUGGAUAUGGUGGGAUUGGAGAGGUAACGGAAGAAAUAUUUGAAACACCUGACUGUGGACCAUGGUGGAAAAAACUUCUAUUCAGCUUAUGUUUUUUCAAUACUCUGAUCAACGAAAGAAACAACUGCGGAAUAUUCGGGGGCUGGAAUAUUGCUUAUAAAUUUAGUUCUUCAGACUUGGAGGUUGCCAUAAAGAUGUUGAAAGAUGUCCUGAACGCACAGUCCAAUAUCCCGUGGCCGGCAUUGCGCUACCUGAUUGGGGAAGUGGUUUACGGUGGCCACGUGACUGAUCACUGGGACAGGCGAUGUUUAAACACCCUUCUCCACAACUUUUGUAAUCCUGAAGUGCUGAGAGAGGACUUCAGUUUCUCUAAUGAUGAGAUAUGUCAUCCAGUGCCAGAAUCUGCCAGCAUAAAGGAUUACAUACACAUUAUCCAGUCCUUACCUGACGAAGACCCUCCUGAGCUCUUAGGAUUGCACCCUGAGGCCACGAGGGCCUGCAGGGAGGUCCAGGGCCAGAAGUUCAUUGACAGUCUCAUUGCCAUGCAACCGAGAAUUACCACUACCGACCUCAUGAUCAGUCGUGAGCAGAGUAAUGACGAACUGGUGAUGAAAAUUCUAUCUGACAUGCUAAAGCGGCUGCCACUGUCUGUGGAGAAAGAAAAAUGUGCUGGAACUCCAAGCACCUUGAAGUGCAUCAUGUCAAGCCCCACAUGGGAGUCACUUUAUAAAGGUCUCACAGGCUAUGAUCCCCUUGUCCAUAGUGCCAUGCUAACUUUUUUGAGCCUAGAAAUUGAACGAUUUGAUAAGUUAUUGUUUGUUAUACAUAAAUCCUUGAAAGAUCUUCAGCUUGCUAUAAAAGGAGAGAUCAUCCUCACCCAAGAAUUGGAGGAAAUCUAUGAUUCUUUUCUUAAUACCAGAGUGCCUACAUUGUGGCAGAGACACGCCUACAAGUCAUGCAAGCCCCUGAGUUCCUGGGUCAAUGAUCUCAUCCAGCGACUGAAUUUCUUCAACACCUGGGCCAAAAUGGCUUACACUGCACUACAUCAUCGGUAUAUGAAAUUUAUCUCAACUUGGAAGCAGCAUGUUCCAUCAUCUAGCCAAAAACGCAAAGACUCUGCUGAUCAGAAGAGUGAUCUCCUUGAAGGAUUUCCUGCAAGAUACUGGCUCCCAGCUUUCUUCUUUCCACAAGCCUUCCUCGCUGCUGUGCUUCAAGACCAUGGAAGGUCCCAAGGAAUCUCGAUAGACGCCCUCGGCUUUACCCACCAUGUGAGCUCUGACGCCACUGACGUGGAAGAUGAGGAGUUCUCCACCAGCGUCCAGAAGAAGCUCAGCAUAGUCAGGAGAGCCUUUAAGGGCACAGACCCCCCUGACACUGGAGUUCGUGUUUUUGGUUUAUUCAUCGAGGGGGCGAGGUGGAAUCAUGAAGAAAAAAUACUAGAAGAAUCGCUGCCCCAUGAGAUGUGCUGUGAUUUUCCUGAAAUAUACUUCUUGCCAACAAAGAUUUCUACUGAACGACCAGAUGCUUCUGACCAGACUGACUCAGAACUCUAUACUUUUGAAUGUCCAGUUUAUCAGACACCUGAGAGGUCAAGAAUUUUGACAACUACUGGCUCACCCUCAAACUUUUUCACAUCAGUGUACUUAUCCACAAGGAAACCUCCUAGUUACUGGAUCACAAUGCAGGUCGCACUGCUGUGUGAGGAGAACGAAAAAUAA